CAACACAUAUAAACAUUUAGACUAUUACUUUGAGACACCACAAUUCCAUAAACCCUUUUUAAUACUCUCUCCCCUCACUUUCUCUCUCUAACUCUUUCUUUAUUGACAUAAGACCCCCCAAGAAGACAACGAGAGUGUUCUUGAUCCUUUAUUUGAGUUUGAAAUGAAGAAAUUUAUCUUCAAAUAAGCUUUGGAAAUGGUGAGAGCUUGAGAAGAUUAUAAAAUUCAUUUGUUUUUGUCUUCUUUCGUGCACUCUCUCAAUUCUUUUAUAUCAAGAAAACGUUUGUGGGGUUUUUGAUGGGAAGAGAGUUCGUGUUGAGGAAACCCAGAAACGGCAUUAAAUGCCGUCGUUUCGACCGAUGCAAUACAAUGAGACAAACAGAAACAGAGUUGUUCUCAGAAGAAACAAGAGAAAGAAGACGAGGAAGAAGGAGAAGAAUAAACGGAAGCUUCUUCUUAGAUAUGAUCAUUUUCUUUCGUCCUUGUUUCUCCAACUUUCUCUUCCUCUCUCUUUUUAUCUUGUCUUCUUCUUCUUCUUCCUCUGUCUUGUCGACGGAAACAGAGAAUCUCUCACCGAGAAACCAAACUCUCCGGCCACUAGAGGAGCUUAACAAGCUCAAAGCCAUUAAUCAGCAUCUCAGGAAGAUCAAUAAACCUUCCGUCAAGACAAUUCAUAGCUCUGAUGGUGACAUCAUAGACUGUGUUUUAUCACAUCAGCAACCAGCAUUUGAUCAUCCCAGAUUAAGAGGACAGAAGCCACUGGAUCCCCCUGAGAGGCCAAGUGGGCAUAAUACCAGAGGAUUGAGACCAAAGAGCUUCCAGUUAUGGAGAAUGGAAGGAGAAACAUGUCCUGAAGGAACAGUCCCUAUCAGAAGAACAAAACAAGAAGACAUUCUCAGAGCAAACUCUGUUUCUGCCUUUGGCAAGAAACUCAGACAUUUCAGAAGAGACACCAGCAGCAAUGGCCAUGAACACGCGGUAGGAUACGUGAGUGGAGAGAAAUACUUUGGAGCAAAAGCAAGCAUAAAUGUAUGGGCUCCACAGGUCCAGAACCAAUACGAGUUUAGCUUAUCUCAGAUUUGGAUUAUCUCUGGUUCUUUCGGUAAUGAUCUCAACACCAUUGAAGCUGGCUGGCAGGUGAGUCCGGAGCUCUAUGGAGAUAAUUACCCAAGAUUCUUUACUUACUGGACUAACGAUGCAUAUCAAGCAACAGGCUGCUACAACCUAUUGUGUUCCGGUUUUGUCCAAACCAAUAGUCAAAUUGCUAUUGGAGCUGCAAUCUCUCCCUCAUCUUCAUUCAAGGGUGGACAGUUCGAUAUUACUCUUCUAAUUUGGAAGGAUCCGAAGCAUGGGAACUGGUGGCUGGAGUUCGGGUCGGGUAUUCUAGUUGGGUAUUGGCCAUCUUUCUUGUUUACACACCUGAGGGAGCAUGCGAGCAUGGUCCAAUACGGUGGUGAAGUUGUAAAUUCAAGCCCAUUUGGGGCCCACACUUCUACACAGAUGGGGAGUGGACAUUUUGCCGAUGAAGGGUUCACAAAGGCUUCUUAUUUCAGAAACAUCCAAGUAGUUGAUUGGGAUAACAAUUUGGUCCCUUCUCCAAACCUUCGAGUACUCGCAGACCAUCCAAAUUGUUAUGAUAUUCAAGGUGGAUCUAAUAAGGCUUGGGGUAAUUAUUUUUAUUAUGGAGGACCUGGCAAAAAUCCUAAAUGUCCUUAAGAAUAUAAAUGUAAUUAGAUUUUUAGGGAUUUAAAUUUAUUGAGAAAAAAAGAAAAAUUCAUGGUGUUUUAGGUGAUAUCUAUAUGGUUAUAAGUAAAGGUU